GUCUGGCCUGGCAUGCUUCUCCCUGGCUAGGCUGGCCUACGUGGAGCCGGCCGAACCAGCUGGCUCCUGGUUCUCAGCUCUCGCGGUCCAUCGCGUGGUGUUUGCGUGCCAUUCGCGAGCUCUGCCCAACAGGCCAGUGUCAGCUUCGGAGCGCUUCGGCUUGCCCCAGCGUGAGGCGGGGGCGAGGCCGCGCCCUCAAGCUCAGCCCCGCCUCUUCAUUGUCCUGUUCCCCUCUUCAACACCACCCCCCAUUGGCCCGCCCCUUGCCUUGGCUCACUUUUUCUUGGGCAGACCGGAACCUACCCUCUCCAGGGACUCCCGCCGUCUUCCUGGCUGAGUGGAUCCUGGCACCCUUGGAAGGGUGGCCACAGAAGGUCAGAAGGGGUGGGAGUGACGAGCCGGGUUCUUGCUAGGUGGAAGGGUCAGAACUUGAUCGUCUAGUACCCUGAUCCUGCGGGUACCAGCGUCUGUGUUGGGGCCCCCCCUCAGAUCUGCAUGCCCCAUGAGCUUGCUGAGCCUGUUAAGAGUUCCCUCUGGACUCAGAAAAGCAGCCUCAGCACAGCUCCCCUUCACCAAGCAACAGCCCAGCAAACGGUGCCUGGCAGAGCCAUGCUCCACAACGUCAGCCACAGCAAAGGUGCGGACUAUUCAGAUGCAUCCCUGAAGGGGAAGGAUAGGGACAGGGAAGGAAUGUGGGUAGGAGUUGGGGGAGCCCUGGCCCCCAACUCCUCCUCCCUGUUUCCGCCUGAGCCUCCAGGGUCCUCAAGCAACAUUAUUCCUGUCUACUGUGCUCUCUUAGCUACUGUGGUCCUUGGCCUGCUUGCCUAUGUGGCCUUCAAAUGUUGGCGCUCACAUAAGCAAAGACAACAGCUGGCCAAAGCUCGGACUGUAGAGCUGGGGGACCCCGACAGGGACCAGAGGCAUGGUGACAGCAAUGUCUUCGUGGACUCUCCUUGUGGUCUGGAGGCUUCCAGCCAGGGAGCGCAUCCUGACCUUGGCAGCAGACUUUACCUGCAUAUUCCUCAGCAGCAGCAGGAAGAAGUCGAGCGGCUCUUGAUGUUGGGUGAACCUUCGAAGGGCUGGCAGGGGCUGGCAAGCCACCUGGGCUACCAAGCUGAGGCUGUGGAAACCAUGGCUGGUGGCCAGGUGCCAGCCUAUACCCUGCUAAGGGACUGGGCUGCCCAAGGAGGCAGUAGAGCUACCCUCAGAGUGCUAGAGGAUGCUCUGGCUGCGAUAGGCCGAGAAGAUGUGGUCCAGGUUCUGAGCUCACCAGCUGAGGGCUUCUCUGUGGUGUGAGUGACACCUCCCAGUGCUCCCUGCACUGGCACUCAGCAUUCUCACUGCCUUGUAUCUCCUUCACAGGCUUCUAAGUACUUCUGGCUUCAGCCUGCUGUGUUGUGGCAGAGCACAGAAGAUCGAGCCAGUUCAUGUUCCUUCACCCUCCUCUCUUAAGACAGGAAGGGGAACAUGGGGGGAUGAGGGGGAGAGUGGGACAUGGCCCUGCCCACAAGUCCUCAAUCUGCCUCUCUGUUUAGCUCCAGACAGUUUUUCUAUUAUUUUUUUAAAAUCACAUAUUAAAGGCACCUUUGG